ACAAACCAAACCAGUUGAAAUUCCAGUUGCAAAUGUUGUACCGACUAUCACAUGAACGCGCAAAGGUCGACCAGUCUUUAUUUCUUUUCCAGUCGGCGACAAAUACCUCACUUAAAUAUAUCUGAGAAAUUUACCCUCGUAAAUUUAACAUAUCCAGACCGCGUCCACUUCUCGUAUUAUUAUUAAAAUAUAUGCCAUUAUAAUUGAUGUAAGAAUAUCUCUUUUCAACGUUAAAAGUCCUUUAAAAGUGUUAUCGAUUUUUCGACGAUAAAACUGAAGCUAUUAGCUUAAACUUGAAAAGGAUUAUAUCGAGAAUGCAGUUGGAUGCAUCGUGGAUUUUUUUUUCGAAAAGUGCCGAUAAAAGUAACGCGAUAGUAAAACUUUUCAUCGAAUUCGUACGAUGUAAAACGAAAGUGCAGUAAAAAUGUAACGCAGUGUUUUUUAUGUGAAACUGAAAAACAAGUCUAUACGUUUUAAGUUUUAUCCCGAAAAGUAUUCAAUGUAUUCCUGAGAAAACACAACCGGUGCCGACCAGAUGGGAAGUGAUGUAUACUUAUUAUGGCAGAAACGUUCUCAAAGAGAUCCGUCGCAGCUAAGUACAUGGGUUCGUUUCCUGUGGCGAUUCCCGACAUUGCCAGCCGCGCGGAAUUUGUGCGCUCCCAAUUGGAGAUCCUUAGGUACAGCGAUCGAUUCACGCCCGUUCUCCUGAUAGUCUCGCUUGCGGGGAUUAAAGUAUGCAGUCCAGAUGGAAAAUGCGUGCAAAUGGCGCACGCGUUAAGACGCAUCUUUUACGCGACUUGUGAGCCGCAGCACACCCAAUUCAGCUUUCUGGCGCGAGAGCCCGGGGCCCACUUCAGCCUGCAGUAUUGUCAUUCUUUUAUCACCGAGUCUGCAGAACAGGCGGAGGAGUUGAACACCAUCGUUGGCAAUGCUUUCCGCAUGGCGUACGUGGCGCAGCUUCAGCGCCAACCAAUCCUUCAGGAUGUAAUCUCAUCGCGAUCGACACCGUCUUAUCGCAAGGACAAGCAGGAGCAUCGAACGUCGUGGAACAAAUCGCUGCCCGGAGACGACACGAUCGCCGCGGGCGCUUGCAGGAGUCCGUCGUCGAACUCGUGGCUGAAAAGUCGGACGUCGCCCACCUCCAAGACUGGAAGGGGUCCGUCUGCAGCGGAUAUGAACGUGCAGCUCGGCAGCGCCGGCUCGCCCACGCUGCGACUCGCCAGCGUAAAGGCACCAAACACGAUUCCGGGUCUACGGCCGUCGUUUACGAACGUUCUCGGUCCCAUAACGAAUGUGGACGAGCCGAAGAGCUUAUCCCAGCAGAGCACGCCGAGCAGCGAUGAGAGCAACUCGCCAACGGAGUUGAACUCAUACAAGAGGCUAACGGACAAGCCGCCGCUGAUAAAGCGGCUGGCGAUGGGUUUGACAGGUGGACGCGACGUUCUUGGGUUGAACGGUGAGGAUGACAGCUGCCCGCUCGUCAGCGGUAGCAGUACGCCAACCAGCCCAUCGAACAGGCCCCAUUCCGGGGGCUACAUAAACGAAGCGAUCAUCGACUCGGAGGGUACGAGGCCGUCAUACAACAAGAUCCCACCGUCCGAGAGCCUCGAUAACACCAUCAACGCGUCCAUCACUAACGUGAAGAAUUUCAACAUCGAGAACAACAGGAUAGGGCACAAUUGCCCGGACUCGGGUACGGAGGUAGAAUUCAAGUCGAAAAGAAGAUCGCAAAUUAGCACGUCGAGCAGUUCGGUACCCGCUGACGGAAGCACUCAUGGCUCCACGCCAACCCCGCCGCCUUUACCCGAGAGAACAGACAGCCUGAAUAAUCGAAGUGAGGAGGCCGAGCUACGCAAGGCGCCCUGGUUUCAAGCUGGAAUACCCAGAGAGAUAACGCUGGAGGUAUUGAGCCAAGAGCCGGAAGGAGCGUUCAUGGUGCGCGAGAGUACCAGCAAGCCCGGAUGUUACGCCCUCUCUCUCCGUGUGCCUCGUGAAUUCCAGCCGAGCGGAAUAGCCCAUUAUCUCAUAAUGCGUACAAACAAAGGUUACAAAAUCAAAGGCUAA